AUGUGGCACGAAUCACGUUCCAAAAGCUCUUUACAAUGUUCAUCCUUCAAUAGCAUUAACAAUUACUAUUUAUUCAAUUACCCGAUGGUACUGAUAACGACAAGUAAACAUAUGCAUGAACUCUUGCUCAAUCAUAUCAAACAAUCAAAGGAGGAGUUUGUUCACCACGAAAUGGAAUUAAUUCAAUUAAUGCUAUCAAACCAAUUGGAAUACAAAGGAAUACAUCAUCAAGAAUGCGCUCAACUAUUUCAAAAACUACUCGAUACUUUUACUGCACCACCACCCUCUGAUCUAUCUCUAGCUGGUUACGCUUUAAUAGCGCUUCUCCAAACUUACUUGGUUGCCUUCACUGAAAUAGUUCAACAAAUAAUAGUUACAAAAGGAAACAUUACAACCCAUCAAAUAUUACAAGAGAGAAAUAAUCAUUAA